UCUUCAAAUCUUUUGAAGCAACCACAGCUGUAACUAGUAGUUGAAGUUCUAUCCACUCCUUUUCUAGGAAUCAUCCCUUGGCAUUUACAAACCUAUCCCAAUCUGGAAAGAUCUACCAAUUUGAAUGAAACAACCCGGAUGGAGUUAAUGUGCUUCACUCUGCUUUCUUCCACCUCUCUUCCCUCUCUCCUUGAAAGCCAAUAUUAAAGAGAGCAUGAGCCCAUGUCUCCAUAUUCUAGUAGCAAAAUCUGAAAAAUGUUUUAGAUCUUUGAGUUCAAAGUAUGUGUAAGUUUGUAUAGUGCUUUUAACUUACAAAUUCAUGUGAAAUAUGGUAUGUUUCCACGGUUCAUAUUAGUCUUGAGGAUGUUUCUGACUGUUAUCUGUGUGAGAGUUUUUCUUUUAUUGAUGAUGGAUGUUAGCUCUGUGAGACUUUUCUUUUAUUGAUGAUGGAUUAAGAGUAUGAUCCAUUAUUCUUGAUGAUCAGUUAUAAAAUCUGAUUCAUAUUUGAUAAUGGAUUAUAAAGUAUGAUCUAUGAUCAUGGAUUAUAAAGUAUGAUCUAUGAUCAGAAAAUUUUCUCACAAUUUACAUUCAUAAUUGAUUAAUUUCAAUUUAAUAUCGAAGAAUGAGAUUCGAUUACAAGGCUCAACUCUCACACGGUUAACACACAGAAGUAUUCUUUAUCACUUACAGAUUUCUAUUUUAAGGGUGAGCUGAACAAUUGAAGCUCUCUGGAUCAGAGACGAUGCAAAGCUGAAAUCUCUAAUCCCAACUAAUUAACAACUUUGUGACAGAGUUGCAACUGCCUAAGCUCAGUAAAAACCCCGUUUUUUUAAUCAGUUUUUCAACACCCUUAACAGGGGUGAAGAGCUGAUGGGUGGGAACAUUAGCCCCUUUAAACCCUUUCUUAGAUAUAGAUAUCCUUUACAGAUCCUAUGCCUAGAGGAUGAGAUCUAUGAAACCAUGGAUCUCACGCCUGCCCAUAUAUUGUUAGAUGCCAGAAAGCUUGUGCAAGAACUGCAAGACUUUUACCAGGAUUUAAAGCCCGAAGAUAUGAGAAGCAUGCUGAAAGAUUCUAUGCUGAACAGAAAUCCUAAGUUGCUUCAGCAAAUUUAUUUCAACCAUUUGGCCGAGAAUUCUGGUAUGGAAGAGGGUUUUACUUAUUCUUUGCAUGAAAUUGCUGCUGUGAAAUCUCAAUUUUUUGUGGGGUUGGAGAAAUCGAUCGGCGAUUUGAAGAGGCCUUUGUUCCAGAAGGAGGUGCCAAUCGUUGGAGUGCGGUUUAUGGGAGGUGUUGGAGAAACAACUUUAGCAUUGGCUUUAUGGAAUGAUGUUCUAAUUAAAGGUUAUUUUCAGAACCUCCUUUUCAUUACUGUUUCAGAGUCUCCAAAUGGGAAAGGACUUCUAGAGACCAUGUGGGAUGGCAUUGUUGGAAGGAAGAGGUCUGAGUUUCAGAAUUUGGAAGAUGCAUGUAUGCAGCUGCAAAUUCAGCUUAUGAGGCAAUCUAAAUCAACUCUGCUGAUAUUAGAUAAUGUUGGGUCCAGAGCAAAUUUGGGGAAAUUACUAUUUCAUGUGACAGGAUAUAAAACUCUUUUCACAAAGAGAGAUACGUCCAUUAUCCCCAGAAACUACUCUGCUCAAUAUUAUCAAUUGCCUUUGCUGGUCCACGCAGAUGCUCUGUCUCUUUUCAUCUUCUGGGCUUCCGGACAGAUGCCAAUUCCAAGUAAUGGAGAUGCAAAUCCAGUAAACAAGGUUCAAGCAGAAUAUUUUGCCAGGGAAAUGGGAUUUGCUGAAGGACAGGCCAUUUGAUGCUCAAAGUGUCUUUAUUCACACAGGUCCUGUGGACAAAAGCAAGUGGUACUAGAAUAAUUUUUCAAAGAGGGCUACAAUAAAAGAUCUAGAUGUCUUAUCUUCACCCCCUCAACUAGGGAGUGUGCAUGGAGAGGCUGAUUGCACCACAAGUUCAAACACAGAAAAAAAGGACUACAACACAUAGAGGAGCUAUAUUUGGGCUGUCUUCCUGUACGUCAGAUUUUGGCAUAUUGGGGAUCUUAUCUUUAUUUUGGUGGCUCGGGAGCGAAGAGAUCUGAUACUCUUUAAAGGAAACAGUUGGCACGUUGUUUCUUAUUUGAAAAAAUGAAAACAUCAAAUCACAGUCUUUAUGAGGACUGGUGAUUGUUGAAUCCCACUUUGGGGUCAGACAAAAUUUUAAAAUGGGGGUAAUUUUUUUUAUCACGGAGAGCUCCUCAUUGGUGAUUGUAUCCCACUUUGGGGCAGACAAAAUUAUAAAAAUAGUUAAAUCCGAACUUGCUUAUUUUCUACAAAGCAUGA